UAAUAAUAAUUUUAUUGAAUUCAUAUUCAUAACAAAAACGAUUACAAGAAGUUAAAUAAGAAAUGUCCAUUCACUAUAAAUAAAAGAUAAUCUUACAUAUAACUCAAAUCAACUUAAUAUUCCUACUUUUUCUUAAAAAUAUGGACGUUAUGGAAUCUCCCAAAAAAUCAUUUGGAAACAAUGUACAAAAUAAUACCUCAAAAACAACCCAUUUUCAAGUACCCAGUAGUGUCUUAAUCGAUGAAAUAAACGAUGUCGGCAGUGAUUGUGUCGAUAAAAACGUUACUUUAAAGAAUGCAACGAAUUUUCAUCCAUUAAUGUCUCCGAUAUCACAAGACUUUCCAGAUUUGAUACCCAAACAAGCCAAAGUUAAUAUCUAUGAGGAGCAUUUUCAUCCAGAAGCUCACAGUUCUGUUAAUGAAUUGUAUGAACCUGGAGAAAGACAAAAUGAAGAUUUGUCUACAGACUUACCAGAAUUUCCAAGUAGUCCUUCAUUAUUAAGAAAAUCCAUAUUGGGUGAUGUAUCUGUUGAAAUGACUCCAAAUGAUGUUAUCAGUGAUACUGAAUAUGAGAAUGAUAAAUCUGUUUAUGAAGCUCAUCUUAGUUCGAAUUUGCAAAAUGUAUCUCUUAAAUUAAAUGAAAAAGAAGGUAAUUUAAAUUUCCUAGCUCACAAUAAAAGGAGCAACAAAUUGAGAAAGAUUAAAGUUGUGCAAACACAACUUAGUGAUGAUAGUGAUGUUUCUUCUGCUGAUACAAAUACUGAUAGUUUGAAGUCUGAAGAUGUUUUCAAUGGAGAAGUAGAAGAGUUUGCAAGAAAGUUGGAUGAUGAAAACACUACCCCUGAACCCAUAGAACCCCUUAGUGCUGCUGAUGAACGUUGCCAUGCUAGGUACUGGCAACGUAUGGUACUACCUGGCGGUGAACAACGGACCAUAGAUAUGAGAGUCAUAGAACCAUACAAAAGAGUACUCAGUCAUGGUGGUUACUUGAGGGCUGGAGGAAAUACAGCUAUUGUCGUAUUCUCUGCUUGUUAUCUUCCAGAUAAAUCUAGAAUUGAUUAUGUUUACGUUAUGGACAACCUCUUUUUGUAUGUCUUAUGGACUCUGGAACGUUUGGUAACUGAAGAUUAUGUUCUCAUUUAUCUUCAUGGAGCCGCAAAUAAACUACCUUCAUUCGGAUGGCUUAAAAGGUGUUAUCAAAUGGUUGGUCGGAAAUUAAGGAAAAAUCUUAGUCAUCUUUACAUGGUACAUCCCACAUUGUGGAUAAAGACCAUGUUAUUUAUGGCAAAACCUUUUAUAAGUUCCAAGUUUUACAGAAAGAUAUCAUUCAUCAGUACCCUAAGAGAGCUCAUGGUGAGAGUUCCCCUGGAAGCUGCCGCAAUUCCUGAUAAAGUCAAACUGUUCGAUAGUUUGCACUUUGCUACAUAAUUUGUUAUUGGUAAUGUCGACCAUUUCCUUAACUUAAAACUUAUUUACACGUGGGGUCAACGUUUGGUUGGAAACCAGAACGUGUAGUUAGAUUAGAUAAGGUUUAAGCAAAAACAAAAAAAAUCUGCGGCACGUCAAAUUUUAAAUUUACUUUUACUUCUCUUUUUCAAUAAUCACUACUAGUACUUACGAGGCCUUGUUGGCGACAUGGAAUUUGUAAUUUAAAAUCUAAAUUUUUUUUGUUCAAAGGACACCCCACACAUCUUAUGGAAAAUGUAAUGUCACUCAAAUGCAAUACAAUUUACAUGGAUAGAUUCGCAUCGAAAGUACAAUCAUUUCAUAUCAUUGCGCCAACUGUAAAUUUAAAUAACGGCGUAAAGUUUAUGGUAAUCACAUUUUUAAAGUCCAUAAAACUGUCAUAUUCAUAAAUACUAGCCUAGUCGCUAUUGAAAACAACUUAACCCAGCGUGCGAAGCCGAUUAGAAGAACUACAUAUGUACUUUGGUACGACGUACCAAAUCAUACCUACUUCAUUAUCUAUAAGAUAAGGGUAAGCCUCUGCCUUAAUACCUGCAGAAAGAUUUAUGAACUGCCUAUACACAAAAUCUAUUUUCUCACUCUAACUCGCGUGCAUACCCAUUUGAUUUUAGUUUUAUUUAUAUCAAUUUGCGCCGUUUAGUCCAAAUUCAAAGUUGGCGCAAUGAUAUGAAAUGAUUGUGAUUUCCAGACGAAUCUCUUCGUAUAAAUUUUAUUGCAUUUGAGUGGCAUUACAUUUUUCAUAAGAUGCGUGCGGUGUCCUUUAAAUAUAUUGGGAAAUUCUGAUAUACAGGAUUAAAAUGUUACAAAAAAAAACAGAUAUUAACGGGUUAUUUUAAAAGAAACAUCAUACGACUAAAUUAAUUUUAAACAUUUUGGAGUGGUCUAAUUAAAUCGGAACAAUUGUCAAAUUAAUUUUCAUUCACAUUCAAAAAUUUUCAGUUUUUUUUAUUUUUUUAAUUUAUUUUUUAUUUUUUUAUAUGUAUAAGUUUAAAGUAUUCAAUUACUUUCUAAAGAACACUUCACCGUGUUGACUACAUUGCUGAAAAAAUGUAAUUUUUGAUUAAAAAAUGAAUAGUUCAUUUAUCAACCUAAUCUAAAAUUAAUGAUUUUAGAAAAAAUUCUAAAUUUAAAAUUUGAUGUCCCAAUGGCUAUUUCCCAAACCUUACCUAAAGUAUGAAUUCGAGGAAAGGUUAUAUAUGGUACAGUAUAAAUCCCGAUGCACAUCAUUAUCUACGUCAGAGAUCUAAGUUGACAUUGUUGCCAAAUUGCAAAAAAAAUUCCUGAAUUCAUUUUAAAUCAAAUAUAGCACAUAAUUAUUGUAAAAGUGGAUUAUACAACAAAACAAAUUAAUAAUCAAUGUAUAUAAAUAAAAAAUUAGAAAUAUAUAACAAGAAUUCAGUAAUAAUCUUCUGUUAAAAACAAUUUGAGCCGCUUGUGUAGUAUAAAGAAGUAUUUAUCAUUACUUAUUUGCUUUGGAAUGUUUUGUUACAACUAGAUUUUCAAUGUUAAUCAAUCAGUUUAUACAAGUUUCAGUUUUCUGAUCGAUACGUAUUUUAAGCAUCUACACAAACAUAUAAAAAAUACAUUACAUAAUUAACUAUUAUGUAAUGUAUAUGGGUGAUUCCAUUUCAAAUCACUCAAUUUUGGAGCAAAAAAAAUGUAUCUCCGAUUUGUCUGAAAAUUGGUAUAUAGCUUCUGCGGGACGUAAAAAUAAGAUUUUUAAGGUCAAAAAAUCUUCUUUUUUUUUCUCAAAAUGUUAUUUUAUGCGAUUUCACAGUGAUUUGGUGUUUAUUUAAAUAAAUUUGCAUUUUGUAUCGUAAAGUAUAAAUG